AUGGAGGGGCUCGGGGCCGCCGCAAGCGUCAUCGCGGUCGUCGAGCUGGCCGCCAAGGUCGGCUCUCUCUGUCUCGAAUACUCGUCCGCCGUUAAGAGCGCCAGGUCCGACAUUGAGCGGCUGCGAAAACACACCGAAAGCAUGAAGAUAACCGUCGACGGCGCGCGAAAGCUUCUCCAGGGUCCGCAUGGAGCUCGGCUCGAGACGUCGCAAAAGCUGCACGAAGCCCUGGCUGACACGUACUCGCAGCUUGAUGAUAUCGCUACGAAGCUGGAGGCGAAGUUACAUACGGGUUGCACAGCAAAGGUGAUGAGACGCGUGGGGCUGCGAGCCUUAAAGUGGCCGUUCGAGAGCAAGGACGUGGACAAGCUCAUUGCGAGCCUUCAGCGGGACCAGGCAUCCUUUGCGGCCGCCAUUCAGAUCGAUCAAGCCGCGGAAAUCGUCGAUAUCGGCUGUAAGAUCGACCUAGCAAUGCUCCCGGUCGCAAGCGGCGCGGCCUUCGACUCGCACGCCGAGGAGCACAACGCACGAUGCCACCCCGACACCCGAACCGAGCUCCUUCGCCAAAUCCAGGAGUGGGCAAACGAUCCUCAAGCCGAGAGCUUAUUCUGGCUGAAUGGCAGGGCUGGAACAGGAAAAUCCACCAUCUCUCGGACCGUGGCCAACUCCUUCGCAGACGACGGCCUGCUUGGCGCGAGCUUCUUCUUCAAGAGGGGGGAAGGCGACCGUGGCAAAGCUGGCUUGGUUUUCCCUACCAUUGCUAGCCAGCUUGUGCGCAAAAUCCCUACCCUAGUACCUUCCGUCAGAAAGGCCAUCGAUGCCGACCCGGACGUUCCCAAGAAGGCACUGAGAGACCAGUUCGAAAAGCUGAUCCUCCAGCCGCUUGGCUGCAUUCACCGCACUACGGCUAUUGUUGUCAUUAUUGACGCUCUUGAUGAAUGUGAUGGAGACAAAGACGUGAAGACCAUCAUCUCCCUGCUCGCGCAAGCAAAAGUGGUAUGCUCCGUACGUUUGAGGGUCUUCAUCACCAGUCGGCCUGAGCUGCCUAUUCGCCUCGGUUUUAAGGACGUCCAGGGAAAGUAUCAGGGCCUAGCUCUACACCAGAUCCCAGAACCCGUCGUGGAACAGGACAUACCUACAUUUUUGGGGUAUGAGCUCGCGCGAAUCAGGGAUGAAUACAACGGACAAGCUCCCCGGUACUCCAAACUACCACUGGGUUGGCCCGGCCAAGAUGUCAUUCAGACUCUCGCUCAGAUGGCUGUCCCAUUGUUCAUUUUUGCCGCGACCGUCUGCCGGUUUGUUGAGGAUAAGGCAUGGUUUAAUCCUGGCGAUCAGCUAAAGAAAGUCCUGCGGUACCAGGCGAAGACGUUCGAUUCCGAGCUCGACAAGCUCGACGCGACAUAUCUCCCCAUCCUCGACCAGCUUACCGUAGGACGUACUAAUCUACAAAGGAGCCGCAUAUUAGCUCAGUUCCAGGAUAUCGUUGGCCCUAUUGUUCUCCUCUCUCAGCCCCUCUCAGUAUUAUCGCUUGCACGGCUUCUCAACAUCCCCCCUACGACUAUACAUGGAAUUCUCAACUCUCUCCACUCCGUCCUAGAUAUCCCCUCGGAGGACGAUGCCCCAGUCAGGCUCUUUCAUCUCUCCUUCCGCGACUUCCUCGUUGACCCGGCCAAGCGUACUACGAAUGAGUUUUGGAUCGACGAGGCAAAAUAUCAUAAGACGCUUGCGGAAAAAUGUAUCCAAGUUAUGGGCCAACACCUAGAACGAGAUAUCUGCGGUUUAAGGGUGCCGGGAAUACUACGGUCAGAAAUCGGCCAGCAGACUAUCAACGCCCACCUACCGCCCGAAGUUCAGUACGCCUGUCAGUACUGGGUCCACCACCUGAAGGAAAGCAAACAUAAUAUAGAGGACGAUGGCCCGGUCCACACCUUCUUGACAAGCCGUCUCCUCCACUGGCUUGAGGCUUUGUCCCUCCUCGGAAGACUCUCAGACGGGGUAUUGUUGAUAAGAACGCUUCUGCAAGCUGCCCAGCUACAGUCGGAUACAGCAUCUAAUCUUGUUGAAUUCCUAAACGAUGUAGAAAAGUUUAUUCGCAGUCAUGGAACGAUUAUGGAACGGGCUCCAUUACAGAUAUACGGUUCUGCACUUGUCUUCAGUCCAACCUUAAGUAAGGUCAGAAAGCAGCAGUGGAAGAGGAGGCUGUCAUUCAUCAAAUCGGCCGCAGGUGUCAAAACCCGCUGGGAUACGCACCAACAGACGCUCGAGGGGCAUAGCGAUCUCGUUAUGGCGGUGGCGUUCUCGCCAGAUGGGAAAACGCUUGCGUCAGGCUCGUACGACAAGACGAUCCGGCUCUGGGAUGCGGCGACGGGUACGCAUCAACAGACGCUCGAGGGGCAUAGGCAUUCCGUCGAUGCAGUAGCGUUCUCACCGGAUGGGAAAACGCUCGCGUCAGGCUCGGACGACAGGACGAUCCGGCUCUGGGAUGCGGCGACGGGUACGCACCAACAGACUCUCGAGUGGCAUGGCAGUCCCGUCAGGGCGUUGGCGUUCUCGUCAGAUGGGAAAACGCUUAAGACAAACCAUGGCCUCUUGAGUAUCAACCCAGGCUCGGACGCUUCCCAGAGAACAGUAAGUAUUAUUCUCUUAGUCGAUGGCGAAUGGAUCACCAAAGGUGGAAAGAAGCUUCUCUGGCUUCCUCCCGAUUACCGGGCAUCGUGCACAUCAGUGUACGAUCAUACACUGGUCCUGGGACAUGCCUCUGGGGAAGUGACGUUCUUUCAGAUGGUUUCCGCUUAA